ACUUUAGAGUGCAGUGAAUAGGGUACUUCACGUUCAAAACCGUGGGGAUAAGAAUCCUGCAAAGUACGCACCCCCAACUCCAAUACCUCAAAAUUUUCCGGCGACUGCAUCACAGCAGCUCACCGAAAUUUCGCCGGAAAAUACCAAAUCUGCUGGAAGCCAAAGCUUUUUCUCCCCAAACCCUAAAGAGAGAAACCAAGAUUUUCUGGGGCCUGAAAGUUCCCGGCAACUGAGAGAGAGAGCGGGAGAAAGAGACGAAGCAUGGAGCAGAGAGAGGGAUUGGAUUUCGAAGAAGAGAGAGAAACCCAAAAGCUUUAGCAAAUCGAGGGACCCAAUUUCAGAGACAAAAAAUUUCUAGUCAGAUUCAUUGGAAAGUGAAGCCUAAGAGAACCCAGCGGGGAGGGGGAAUUUUCCGGCGUAUAAAUGGAAAGUCCGGUCUGGUAGCGUUGGACGGCAAACUUAACGACUCCGGAAAAACCAGAAACUCCCCGUGUUUCUUUGUUUUCCGGCGAACCCUUCACCAUGGCUGGCCAAUCUCGAAAAUGGACCAUUUUGGUGGCAACCAUUUGGAUUCAGGCAUUUACUGGAACCAACUUCGACUUCUCUGCUUACUCUUCUUCUUUGAAAUCGGUGCUGGGGAUCUCUCAGGUUCAGUUGAAUUACUUAGCAGUGGCCUCUGAUCUUGGAAAGGCUCUUGCGUGGUCCUCUGGUUUUGCUCUUCUGCAUUUGCCUGUGCCCACUGUUCUUCUCAUCGCUGCCAUCAUGGGGCUUGCUGGCUAUGGGGCACAGUGGCUCGUCAUUCGAAGCUUUAUCUCUCUUCCAUAUUUCGUGGUGUUCCUCCUAUGCCUCUUAGCCGGAAACAGCAUAUGUUGGUUCAACACUGUGUCCUUUGUGCUAUGCAUUCGCAACUUCCCAGUGAACCGCCCGAUUGCCCUCGCCCUCACCAUAAGCUACAAUGGUGUGAGCGCCGCCAUCUACCACCUUGCUGCCCGCUCAAUUACCCUCUCCUCCUCUGGCUCUGUCUAUCUCCUACUCAAUGCCAUUGCUCCUCUCUUUGCCUCUAUUGCUGCACUCCCCCCUAUUCUUCGACAGCCCGAGCCUAGGCCCCUAGACCAGGAAGCUGCAAACCGCGAUGCUGUGGUCUUUCUUUUUUUAAAUAUCUUAGCCAUAGUCAUAGGCAUAUACUUACUCUCAAUGGAUUCUUUGAAAUUUACCUCUCUAGAUAUCUAUAGGGCCCUCUUUGCAGGGGCCAUCAUCUUCAUGAUACUUCCAUUGUGUAUACCCGGCAUUAUAUAUGCCAGAGAUUGGGCAAAGAGGACUAUCCACUCCAGCUUCAGGCUUGAAGGGCCAGGAUUCAAUCUCAUUGACAACGACGACCUGGAUUUGACCAAGGAGCUCUUGGUGCAUGAGAAAGAGAAAGGGGAUCAUGGUGAUGGCUUCGAACUCGAGGAGCAAGAUGGAAAUUAUUUGUUUUCAAGGAUUCGAGGGUACUUUGGUCAAUUAUGGAGUUACAUUCUUGGAGUGGACAAACUUGCCUACUUAGGUGACGAGCAUAAUGUGAGUAGGCUGGUGCGGAGGGUGGAUUUUUGGUUGUAUUUUAUGGGGUAUUUUUGUGGGGGCACAGUGGGGCUGGUGUACAGUAACAAUAUGGGCCAGAUUUUGCAGUCGGUCGGGGGCACGUCGGGGGCAUCGAGCAUCGUCUCUCUCUACUCCUCAUUCUCCUUUUUUGGAAGACUUCUUUCUGCAUGGCCAGAUUACUCUAGAGGGUGGAUGUCAUUUGCUCGGACUGGCUCACUUGCAAUGGCCUUAGUGCCAACCCCCAUUGCUUUCUUUAUCCUAAUAGCUUCAGGGAGCACCGCACGUAUGGUGUACAUAAGCACUGCACUCAUUGCCCUAAGCUCAGGCUUCAUAUUUGCGGCCACAGUAUCAGUAACUGCCGAGCUUUUCGGCCCUAAUGCUUUCGGGGUUAAUCACAACAUACUUAUCACUAACAUACCCAUUGGAUCUUUGGUGUAUGGCUCAAUUGCUGCCCUUAUCUAUGAUCUUAAUGGAAGAGAGAACGAUGGUGCAAUCGUGUGCAUGGGGGCAGCAUGUUAUCGGACAACGUUUGUGUGGUGGGGGUGUCUCUCUGUUGUGGGGCUUGUUUGUAAUUUCUUGCUUUUUUUGAGGACAAAAGGCAUAUAUAAUCACUAUAGGAGAAUAACUAGGGGGUGAUUCACAACGGGGGUAACAGACGACACAGGCAAAAGUCCUUCCAAGAAAAAAUAAUGAAUUUACAUUUACAUUUAUAUCACGAUGGUUCAAUUUA